GAAACCACUUGUUAUUGUGUUGUGAUCUUAAUUAAUUAAAAAAACUUCAAAUUAACAUACAUUCCAUAUUUAGCUAGUAUCCCAAAAUCUGACCAGAUGGUGGUGAAAGUUUAUAUUUCCGGAAUAUCUGGAAAUCAUGAAAUCCGGAAGCGGCAGCAGCGGGUCCUCUUCAUCCUGUCCUCCCUGAAGAUAGAAUUUGAAGUCAUUGACAUCACAGAGAUGGGCAAAGAGGAGGAUCGUGAGUUUAUGCGCUCACAGUGCAAGCUUCACGAGAAAGAGCCUGCCUUGCCACCCCAGAUCUUCAAUGAAGAAGUUUAUUGUGGGGACUAUGAAGACUUUGAAGUUGCCAACGAAACUUCAUGUCUGAUGCAGUUCUUGAAGCUGCCGGCGACAGGAAGGGAACGGUCAAUGUCAGGCCAACUAAUGAGUAAUGUUGAAACUGGAGAAAGUGAAGCUUUGAAAGCAUGAAUAUCUGUAUUGUGACCCAUGGACUAUGUGAUUGACUCUUGCAUUUUUGUGCUCACUUCGAUACAUGCAUUACCCCCCGGAGUUUGAGUCUUGUCUUAGUAGUAUUUUUUUUUUAACAUUUUGUACCUUUAUGCUUCAUUUGAUAAAUUUGAGUUGAUUUUUUAUAUAGUAUUUAAAUUUUAUUGCACUGUUACAAUUACUUUGCUCAUGCCAAAAUUUUUGGCAAGAUAUGAAUUUUUGUAAUUAACGUAACCUAACUGAUUUUAUCGAUAUUUGUUAUUAUUUAUUUAUAUUUUAAGUGUGUCAAGAACGUUCAUGCUUUUGUUUUGGGACCAUGAUAGUAUUGAAAUAUAUUUUAAAGUAUGUGUUGUAUCAAGUAUGCGAGGCGCUUUUGUAAACAAGCUGUAUAUUGUGCUUUGCUGCAGUGACUUUAAUCGCUCAGUUGUUUAUAAUGAGAUCUUAAAUUCUGACUUAAAAUGAUCUUUCAUACAAAAAGUUUUCUCCUUUUCUACAAAAUUCAAUGUUUGGAAGGGUUUUAAAACAAAAUAGCAAAACUAAGAUAGACAAAACAACAUAACUGUGCAAAACUAUAUUUUGUGGUGAAAUUGCAUUUUAUGAGAACAAUGCCAAACGUUUAAAAAAUUAAGAUGAAGGUAAAAAGAAAUUAAUAUCUUAUGUUAUUAUUUUUACUUAAAUUGUUAAUUAUUAAUCUUCUACUGAAAUUAAAACAAGAAAAUCAGCUUUUCAACUAUAUUAAUUUUGAAGGGUGUUAUUUUCGUAGCUUUAAUAGCAAACAUCUCGCAGUCAUCAUGUGUGCAUGGUUCUUCUUCAUAUUUAGUUGCUUAAUUACAUUCAGGCCUCAUAUGUCAUCAUGUGAAAUAAGUAUUUGUUUUUGGCAGUUUUAUCAAGAUAUUCACUCUAUUUCACUUUUUAAAAAACAGACAUGGCUGCAAGAUCUUCCGUCACUUGAAGCUUUUCCCUCUUGAUGAAACUUCGAGUUGAAAAUUACGAUGCACCAAAAAAGUAGACGAAAUUUUUGUAAUGAAUUUUUUUCAAUGACUAAUAUAUGUAACCCCCCCCCCCCCCAUCUCUCACUUUAAAGAAAUGUUACAAAAAACUUCAAUUCUGCAUUUUUAAGUAAUUAAGCUUUAAGUUAUAAGGAUCUACUUUCAGCAUCUAUUUUGGCAGGUGUGACAGUUGUGAAAAGAUGGGAGAUAACACAUUUGUGGAACUACAUCAGUUUCAGUAAAUAAUUGAUUAAUACAUUAGUAUUACUAUUUUUGCUGUUACUUAAAUACUAUUAAAGUAAUAUAAUACUCCUACCUGCAUACCUAUUUUAUUCCAUAUGAAGGAAUAUUCUGUAAAUCCUGUGAACAUGGGGCCUUAUAAAAAAUGCUUUGUUAAUGUGUAUAAUAUUUUUGUAAAAUCAAUAAAAUUUGUCAGAUGAUAAAAAUGCCCCAUCAGAUAACAUUGCAGUGUUUAAUAGAAAAAAAUAUUGAUUUUAACACAAUUUUACUGUUUAUUAUUUUGUGUUUUGACAAAUGUCUUAAAUGCCUGUCAUAUUUGCUUCAAAAUUUGAAAAUUAAUGAUAUGACAUUGAUGACAAAACAUUAUACCUUCAUAAUUAAAACAUCUGUACACUAAAGCGUCUUUUUUUAAUUAUUAGUUUUGUUUUUUCAAUUCAUAUCCUUAUAGGAUGAGUGAAUUCAUUUUGCUGGGCCUGUAUUUUUUAACUAUAUUUUUUGAAGUGUCAACACAAAAUCAAUAAUGAUAAGAAUAAAUAUACUUUAUUUUCUGAUGAAGUAAGCAAACUUUGAGAGAUUGAUUCCAUUAUUUUUUCUACAACUUUUAAUUUUUUCACCUGAACAAUUCAUUAAACUAAAAAUUUAAUAUUUAAUGAGUAAAACUGUAUAACUCAAGAAAUAAACCUCAUUUAAAGCAAAUUAAUGAAAAAUAGAUAGAGGUGCAGUUACAUGUACUUCAAAAUGAAUUACAAGGAAGAAACUUACAGAUAGGGCUUAAGCUAUAAAGUACUUACUACUAAGAGUACAUAAUUACGAAAAAUUACAAUUAGCAUUUUAAUGGGGAGAAAGUGAUAUUGUUAUUCCACUUAACAUUUGCUUUUUAGAGUUUGCAAAAAUGUCAAACAUUUAAACUUUUGCAAUAGUUGAAUUUAGUGAAAUAAAAAUAAUUUACAAGUAACAUAAAAAAAAAACAAGUGCUUAAUAUACACAUUUUAAAAAUAUAAAAUAUUCAAACACCAAUGUAAAUAAGAACUUUUAAGUACUAUACUUUAUUUUUCAAAUAAAGAAAAUGAACAAUUAAAAAUUAAUAUUCUAAUUUUAAUACAAGCAAUAGCAAUUAAAACAAUCUUUUAUUUUUAAACUAAAAGGAACAAAAUAUUUACAUUAAUUUAAAAUAUAGAUACCACUCAUAAUACAGUACAUUAAAAAUGAUAACUAUUAUUCUGUCUGCUCAUUGGGGAAAACUAUAUGUUUUGACUGUUAACACUUUCUACUAGCUUUUUAUAGGGUUUUUUUUUAUUUUUAAUUUACACAGUUUAAGUCUACUCUUUUGGAUAAAUAAUUAUAGAAAUAUUUUCCCAAUGGAACAGAUUUCAUGUUUCAGGGAUUAAUAAUGUAACUGUUACCAUAACUGUUUUUAUAAAAAUAACUGUCAAGUUUUUUAAUGAUACUUUUUUUGUUUAAAUAUAUGAAUAUAUAGCACCAUUUUUUUAAGAAAAAACAUAGACCCUUCCUCAUGAUGAUUUCGAUUCGACAUUCCCACAGGGUUGGUAAAAACAAACAUCAUGCCAACCAUUUUUUCUGCCCUAAAUUGACUCUUUUUGUUUGGGUUUGAUGUAUUUAGUAAGCUUUUUUGUUAACAUGCAUUUAAAAUCGGAGCUUGAAAUGUAUUUAUACUAUGUUUGACUUGUAAUGUGUUUAUUUGUUAUAUUGAUGAAUUUUAUUUGAAUAUAUGCUGUUUUUAUCCAUAGAAGCAAGCACUGCUUAGUCAUUUUGUUAUACUCUUAACUUUAUGAAUAAAUGAUUUUUCAAAUUUUG